AUGGAGCUGAACAAGAUGGUGAUGGUGAAGAAGGUGACUGUGUUGGCUUUCCUAAUAAUUACUUUCACUUCAAAUUUCGCUCAUCCUUAUCGUUUAAACGACGCAACCUCCUUCCUCACCAGUCCAAUGAUGAUGUCGUCGUUGUCUAGGUCGAAAUCUUCAUCAUCGUCUGGAUGCUGCGAUUCCUGUAUCUGCACAAGAUCGAUUCCUCCUCAAUGUCAGUGCCUGGACGUAGGGGAAGACUGCCACUCGGCUUGUGACAAGUGCCUUUGUACGAGGUCCUUUCCUCCACAGUGUCGCUGUUCUGACAUAACUGGCUUCGGCUACGAGUCAUGCAGCUCCUAUACAUGA